GAUUUUCGAAGAUAGUCAUCGACAACACCCUUUUAAAAUAUUUGAGACUAGAACCAUAAGACAAAGGGCACAUCAUGCCCGCAGCCACAACCUCUGGGGCUGAUGCCUCAAACGGAUCGUCCGCCCACAACCGCCAGCACAACCAGGGCAACCAAGAGCGCAAAUACACAGCCGAGCAGAAGGCUGCGGUCCUGCGAAUCCGGAAAUGCGAACCCACCGCCUUUUACGAGAUCCUCGAGGUGUCCAAGACAUGUACCGACGCCGAGAUCAAGAAGGCCUACCGCAAGCAGUCCCUGCUGACACAUCCGGACAAGAACGGCCACGAGCACGCCGACGAGGCAUUCAAAAUGGUGUCGCGCGCCUUCAGCGUCCUGGGUGACAAGGAGAAACGCGACAAGUACGACCGCUUCGGAACCGACCCGGACAGUAGGUUUGCCAGCGCGCAGCAGCAGAAUCCGUUUGCCGGCUUUGCGAAUAGGGGAGCAGCAAGGGCGCAUCAGGGAGGCAUGUGGGGAGACGACGCAGACAUCAGCCCCGAGGAAAUGUUUGCGAGGUUCUUUGGCGGGGGAGGUUUUGGUGGGGGUCCCUUCGGAGCCGCUUUCGACGGAGGGCCGCAGUUCGUCUUCAACUUUGGCGGCGGGCCUGGUAUUCGGGUGCACCAAUUCGGCGGAGGAAGGCCCAGGACUCGUCCUCGGCAGGCUGGACAGCAACAAGAAGGAGGCAAUAGUAUGUGGAGCACAUUGAUGAGCCUCUUGCCCAUCAUUAUUCUCUUCAUCUUCCCCAUGAUCUCUUCGCUGUUCUCCGGAGCAACAACGGGGCCAUCAACACCGGCCAUGGCCUUUGAGCAGGCCAUACCCCCUUACACAAUGGCACGUAAAAUGCCCAACGUCAAGGUCAAUUACUAUGUCAACCCAAACGACGUCAGGCAUUAUUCUGCCUCGAAGCUGUACAACUUGGAUCAGAAGGCCGAGCUCAUCUUUGUGCAGCAGCUACAGCAACAGUGCGAACGAGAGAUGACAGAGAAGCGGCGGUUGAUCGAGGAGGCCCAGGGGUGGUUCCGUACAGAUCAAGAGAAGUUGGCCAAGGCCGAAAGGUUCGAGACACCAGCUUGUAUCAGGAUCAAGAACCUUUAUUCUCCAGGAUCGAAAUACUAAAACGGAGGUUGAUAUUUGUCUUGCGGAGAGGGUUGUCGUGAUGUGGAGGCUGUUUUGUGUUGGGCCCAAACGCUGGGCAGUAUUAGUGAGCUGUAGGCAUAGCAUGCAGUUCCGUGGGAGACCUUCUUGAGUAGACCAACAGACGGAGCGGAAGUCGAAACGUAUACUUAAUGCGUACUGGCUAACGUCUUAUGAGAAAUGAUGUUUGUGUAAUCCUAAUAUAAAUACUAUCUGUGUAUU